AUGAAGUCGGCUACCAUCCUGUCCGUGCUCAUGGGCAUGACCACCCUCGUUUCUGCACUACCUGUUGAAGGCACCAAUGGCCUCGGCCUUGUCGAACCUAUUGGGCUCGCAAAGCGACUUCCACAAAAGAAGAUCGAUGCUGUCGACGUCGAGAAGCGCCAAAAGAAGAUAGACGCUGUCGACGUCGAGAAGCGCCAGAAGAAGAUUGACGCCAUUGAUGUCGAGAAGCGACAGAAGAAGAUCGACGCUGUUGAUGUCGAGAAGCGAUCUCCUCAGAAAAAGAUUGACGCCGUUGACAUCGAGAAGCGUCAGAAGAAGAUUGAUGCGGUGGAUGUGGAGAAGCGCCAGAAGAAGAUCGAUGCUGUUGACGUCGAGAAGCGAUCUCCUCAAAAAAAGAUUGACGCCGUUGACGUCGAGAAGCGACAGAAGAAGAUUGAUGCGGUGGAUGUGGAGAAGCGCCAAAAGAAGAUUGACGCCGUUGACGUUGAGAAGCGUCAGAAGAAGAUCGACGCUGUUGAUGUCGAGAAGCGAUCUCCACAGAAGAAGAUUGACGCUGUCGAUGUUGAGUAG